GGAAUAUCAAAAAGACAAAGGUUUCUACCGAAUGCUUCCUAAUCCGCUGUACAUGAGUUUUUCUUCGUUCCCAAGGAAUCCUCAGCUUCGUCGUGGCUGACCCUGACCUCAUCCCAAUCGAAAACAGGGUAUAAACGUUGGCUAUUUCUCAUAUCUUCCAGACAAAGUAGUCACACAUACAAACACCCAAAACAAAAGGAAAUUGAAAGGAACAACUUGCAAAACCCACACGCAGCCACAGGCCGUCUGAGAUUGUUCAUGAAAAAACUGAAUCAGGUAUGGGUUCCCCUAUGAUUAGAAACAGCAGCUCUUCGGUUAUGGAGGAUGGUGUUAGAGCUCGUAAUAAGAAGCCCCGGAGGAGAAGAAAUGGACGUGAAUCAGUAGAGGACACGAUUGAGAAGUGGAAGAAGUACAACAACGACCAACUUCAACUUGGUGAAGAAGUUGGGCUCCAAAAGGUUUGUAAGGUUCCGGCCAAGGGUUCCAAAAAGGGGUGUAUGCAAGGUAAAGGAGGGCCAGAGAACUCCAGAUGCAAGUAUAGAGGUGUAAGACAAAGGAUUUGGGGCAAGUGGGUGGCAGAAAUUCGACAACCGAUAAACGGGGUUCGUGUAGGAAAUAAAGGGAAAAACAGGCUUUGGCUUGGAACGUUCUCUAACGCCAUUGAAGCAGCGAUUGCUUAUGAUAAGGCUGCAAGGGCUAUGUAUGGUCCUUAUGCUCGCCUCAAUUUCCCUGAUCAUUCCGAGGAAUCGGCCGUGCAUAACUCAAACAAAGAGUCAGCUUCAUCCACUACUGAAACUUGUUCGACUGAGUCUACUUCAAUAUCAAAUUCGUUUGCUGAAAAAGCUAAGGAAUUAAGUAUACAUUACUCGUCCCCUGCAGAAGAACCUGAACUUCAUGUGGUUGAAGAAUCAAAGGUCCGUUUAGUGGAUAAACCGAUGGAGAAACGUGAUUGUUCUCAAGUUUAUAUAAAUGAGGAAGCAGGAUGUAUAGCAGAGGACACUGCAACAGAAACGAGAGGUACUGAAUGCAAUUCAAGAAACGACCGCAAACCUUAUAAAGAGCAGGGAGUUGAAGUUGAGACGUCUAAGGAAGCCAUAGAUCAUGAACUUACAGAACUUAUGAGACUCCACAACGACACAAAUGAUUACCUGCACAAUGACCUCAAAGAUGAGGGAUGCCAAUUGAGUAUCAAUUAUCUUGAUUCUGAUGAUUAUAAUUUGCAGACACCAUUUAAGAAGAAAGAAAUGGAAUCAGAAGUAGAACUAUCGCAAAACAUUUUAUCAAGUGCUUACAGUGGCUUCAAUUUUAGACCGAAUUACAUGGACAAUGAAGAACAAGAUGCGGGUAUUUCAACUAUCGACUUGGAGCCUUCUAAUGAUGUUAAAGUUGAGAUGCCAGUAACAAGGGAAAACUGGAAAUGUGAACUUGCUGGCAGUAUUGAAUCCAUUGAUUAUAAUUUUUUCUCUGGCAAAGAUGAUAACUUGGAGAGUGAGCUUACAGAUGGUAACCUGGGCUUAGGUUUUUGUUAUAAGCCUUCAACUGAAAUGAAAGCAGAAGCGCCCGUACUAAUGGAAGAAGUGGAGGUUGAACCUCGGGGAUUUACUGAUUUUAAUAGCUAUAAAGGUUUUGGUAAUACUUAUGAUCACAUGCCUCAUGAGCCUACGGGUUUGAUCUGCCAGCAAGAAAUGAAUACUACUACACCUACUGAUUUCAAAGCUCUGACGCCUGUAAAUUAUGGUGGCUUCAACAGCUUCAAGAAUAAAUUGGACUUCAUGCAUAGUUGGCCGGCAGAAGCCAUAACUGAUGGGAAGCCUUUUGCCUUGAUUAGAAACGACAACUGCGGAUUGAGACCGAAGGAGAGUUACAAUUCUGAUCAACUUGAGUCCUCUUCUACGAACUACCCUGAAAGAGGUGGGUUGCAGGACCCCAUAGCAGAGGCACAGGGUGGCUUCAACCAAUACGAGACAGGCUCUGGUGAAGAUUGCAAGUUGGGAUUUUCGAGACUUGACGUUGAUUUGGACUUGGUUACUGAUUUAUGGUUUCCUGAGCAUGGAUUCUAGAAAUUUUGGGGCUUACUUUAUGAUUUGGCCCAUGAAGAUUAUGAUCCUAAGUAGCUACCUAGCAUCGCAAAUAAAAUCAAACAUCUCAUACAUACUACACGUUGUCUCUAUUAGCAAAUUUUGUCAGCAGCUAUGUUAUACUCUUGUGAUUAUUUGAGUUCAUUAUUGUUUGAACCAUUCUCUUUGUUUCAA